CACUUGAAAAGACUUAUAGGUUCCAGAUUCACUUCUUCUCACUUCUGGAAGUUGGCAGGGGUGCUUGAGACCUCCACAAAGUCUUGGAAAUCAGGGAAGCCUCCAGGUUGAGGCUGAGCAACGUAGCCAAAGAGAAAGAAAGGACGAUAAAAGCAAAGAAUCUCCGUAGACUUACCAGCAAACACCCCGGUCCACUGGAAAGAUGCAGAAGACAGGCUUCUUCACCCAAAAGAAAGCAGCAGCAGCACUGUGCAUUGUCCUGUUAAUGGUGGCUCAACAGGUGUGUGCAGGUCCUUUGGUUUCACAGGAUCAGUCCAGCUUCCUCCAGAGUGCAGAUCUAAGGGGGUCAGAUGUCGUCCACGCUCCGAGGAGGAUAGCCCGGAUGACCCCACUGUGGAGGAUCAUGAACAGUAAACCCUUCGGAGCAUACUGCCAAAACAACUAUGAAUGCUCCACAGGCCUCUGCAGGGCAGGACACUGCUCCACGAUGAACCGUUCGGCAUCGCAGCCGGUGAACUAUUAGACGUCCGAGGACACAACCAGCAUGUUCAUCCUGACGGGUUCUGAUAACUGGGAGAUCAGCUUACCCAGGCUUCUUCUUCUUCUUUUACUUCUUCAUUUUAAAUCAGAAUUUGUAUUUAUUUUCCAGUAAAAUUAUAUCUAAACAAUUUUUUAAAUGCACCUGUCAGGCAGUUACUGCCCCACCUGACGCAUUUCAAAUUGGGAAUUGUCAGGCCUUUCAAACCUUAAGCAUUUGAUGACAGUUUAACCACACAGAAAGUUGUAUUUCUGCAACUAUUGAGCUUUUUUUUUGUUAUUAUCUCUGCGUCCUACUAGUUACCCUGGCUUUGAACUUAUCCCACAGCUGAUAUAACGGCGCUCGAUAACAGCGUUUCAUUUAAAACCCGUUCCUUCAGAAAUAUCAUAAAACAGUGAAACAUUUUUAAAGGACAUUUGUAAUUCUGUAACUGAGCAGAUGCGUAGUCUCCACAUUUUUAUGACUGAGAUGUAAUUGGUCGUGUUUUCUAGGGUGUGAUAAACUCAGAUUUUUAAUGAUACGACUUUAUCAGAAGUAAAUGUAACAACUAGCUGUGCAGCAAUGCCUUCUACAAACUCCUCACCCUUACUUUCUUUUAACACUCGCAGUCAUAAUUUCUGUCCCCUUAAUAAUUGGACCAGCCUAGUUUAGUCCAAGGUUAAAUUAAAAGGUAAAAUGUAAAUGAAGGAUAAACCAAUAGAGAACAAAUGACAUGGAGCUGACCUUUGAUCACUUCUUACUGUUGGGCAUUUUACAUAAAGCAAAGUUUUGGAAAUCUUAAAAAUAUGAAUGAAUAUGAAUAUGAAUGAAGUUGCGGAAAUGACAUAAAAGGUGAUGGUAUAAAAACUGAGAAGAGGUGGAGCAAUGUUUUUGUUUUUGUUUUGUUUUUUCCUGCAAAGUAUCGCUAUCGGAUCAGUGUCGUCGAUACCACCCUGAAUAUUACUUGGUAUCGGAUCGGAAAGAAAAUCAGU